CUUAAUUAGCUCAAAGACAAAAACAUAAUUUGAACCAUUCGUGGUAAAACAACAGCCUUAGCUCAAUGAAAUGAUUAAAAAAAAAAAAUGACAAUGAUAAGUUGAAACCGUUGACCUGGUUUUAUAAUGACAUUAACAAUAACGGCCCAUAUCAACUACCAGUUGUUGUCCAAUCCUGCCAAUUCCAUCCUCACAAUUUGAUUCAUUGUUUAUUUUUUAAAGGGUUUUUUGGCUCUUCUUUCAAGGAAUUCCAGCCGCUGAAAUUAGGCCACGUGUACACAUGUAGUCAAGCUCAAUAAACUUACUUUUAGGAUGGAUGAACUACGUAACAGAAGACUUGAACAGAAACACCCAACAAAAUUCCAGUUUGCAAGAAUGGGACUAAUCAUCUGUUAUUUGCCCCUCCUCCCAAGUAUGGAGAUGUUAAAGUUGAAGAUGUAGACAUGAUUGAAUUGAACCCAAGAGAAGAAAAAAAAAAAGGCAUAUAUAUUGGAGAAGGGAAUCAUUUGGUUUUGUUGGUUCAGUUCAUGCAGAGAAGAUAUUAUUGAUUGAUUGAUUGAUUGAUUGAAGCCAUAUUGUUUUUAGCUGGUAAAUUUUUUUACACAGGAAAUGGAAAGGUACGAGGUUCUGAAAGACAUUGGUUCAGGGAACUUUGGUGUAGCUAAGCUGGUGAAAGAUAAAUGGACUGGUGAGCUUUUUGCUGUCAAGUAUAUUGAGAGAGGCCAGAAGAUUGAUGAUAAUGUGCAGAGAGAGAUUAUGAAUCACAGGUCAUUGAAUCAUCCUAAUAUCAUUAAAUUCAAGGAGGUAAUCCAUCCUCAGAUUCUCAAUUUACAAGUGCUGGAAACAAGUUUAUAGUUUGAAAAGGGUGAUGAACAAGUUCAUGAUGGAUUCAUUUGACUGACUUCUUUUGUUCUGUUUUUGAUUACUGAAGAUAUAAUUCUAUCAUCAAUUUUUUAUUUUUUCCACUUGGAUGGUAGCUUAGUUUUACUCGGAACUGAUUCAGACAGCACUAAAUUUGGCUAAAUCACAUGCUUUUAGAUCAUCGAGUUCGAAUUGUGUUUUAUGAUUGCCAUCAACUAGCAAGAUCCAGCUCAAAUGAUUUUCGACAGAAUUCGUUGAAUCCCUUUAUAGUUUUUGAUGUUAUUAACAGGUUAUUUUCGACAGAUUUAUAGCCGGUCAUGAUUCAUGUCUACCAUUUUUGUGCUGAAAGAUGCAGUUGUUUCUACUUUGGCCACUAUUACAGAGCAGAUAAAGUCAUAAAUUAGCCCUACUUAUGUAUAUAUCCUCAACUUUUCGUCCAAAACUUCCUACAGGUGUUCCUUACGCCUACUCAUCUUGCCAUUGUCAUGGAAUAUGCAGCCGGAGGGGAGCUUUUCGAACAGAUUUGCAAUGCCGGUAGAUUCAGUGAGGAUGAGGCAAGAUUUUUCUUUCAGCAACUUAUAUCAGGAGUCAGUUACUGUCAUUCAAUGCAAAUUUGCCAUCGAGAUCUUAAGCUGGAAAACACACUCUUGGAUGGAAGAACAGAACCGCGCCUCAAGAUAUGCGAUUUCGGCUAUUCUAAAUCUUCAGUAUUGCAUUCUCAACCAAAAUCGACCGUCGGGACGCCGGCCUACAUUGCACCAGAAGUCUUCUCAAGGAAAAAAUAUGAUGGCAAGAUUGCAGAUGUUUGGUCAUGCGGGGUUACAUUGUAUGUAAUGCUGGUUGGUGCAUACCCUUUUGAAGAUCCAGAUGAUCCCAGAAACUUCAAGAAAACAAUCACCAAAAUACUCAGUGUUCAAUACUCAAUUCCUGAUUACGUCCGCGUCUCCAAGGAGUGUAUACAUCUUUUGUCUCGAAUCUUCGUAGCUGACCCUGAAAAGAGAAUUGCAAUUCCAGAAAUCAAGAAACAUCCCUGGUUUUUAAAGACUCUGCCUCCUCAAUUUUUGGAAGCUGAAGAAGAGGUUAGCGGACGAACUGUCGAAAAUGGCAACAGCCCUUCUCAGAGUAAUGAAGAAAUAUUGGCUAUAAUACAAGAAGCAAGGACAUCGCCAUUAACAACAGGAUUGACUAAAAAUGGAGAAAACUAUCUCGGAAGCAGCAACGACGACGUCGAUCUUGAUGAUGAUUUUGAUGUAGAUGACACAGAGACAAGUGGAGAUUUUGUUUGUUCUUUGUGAAAAAAAACAUUGCCUCAUUCAUUGUGCAUCAAAGAUGCUUUUCAGGGGCCAACAAAUCCAGUAGAAUUGUGUAGCUUUUGUGUAGAUCUGCAAUAUUUGGUGCCUCUAUUGUUUAAUGAAAUAGCAGUUUGAAUGUCCUUUUCAGAUGCAAAUCAGAGGUCAUCGUAAAGUAAAAUGAAUAGUCAACUUGGUGUGUAUUGUGAUGUGCGACAUAAGUAUUUUCUACCAAAUAUCUUUUCUUUAAUUCGUG